AAACAUUAAUCUAGCGGGUUUUUUUAAUUGAAAACGCUCCGGGUUUAAUAACUUUGGGGUUUAAUAUCUAUCCAUCUGCGCUCAUGAGUGUGGACUGAGGAUUGAUUGAAUACAAGGGCCUGCGGCCGGGGCGCUGGAUUUUUCAACUUUUGUAAGAGAUGAGCAGCUUUCAAGUGCUUGCCUGCAAGCCGUCCUUUAAUGUCUUCAGCAUACCUCGUGGGCGCUAUUCUUCGUUAGGGUUGCAUUCUGUCGUUCGAUUUUCUAGGGAUUCAGCUUGCCAGGUUCCAGAGUUUUCAUCCAGGCUAAAGACGUAUACUUCUGGAAUUCAGAGAUGUGCACCAGUAUUCGUAUUUGGUGGCAAGGGAAACUCGACAGACGAUAAUGAUGCAUCCCCAUGGAAAUCACUCGAGAAAGCUAUGAGUGGUUUAAAAAAGGAGAAAUCACUAGAGGAUGUACUAAGGGAGCAGAUGGAAAAGAAAGAGUACUAUGAUGAUGGAGGUAGUGGUGGAAAACGUCCAGGUGGAGGUGGAGGUGGUGGAGGUGAUGGUUUCGGUGAGUCAGAAGAUGAAGGCUUUUCUGGUAUAUUGGAUGAGGCAUUUCAAGUAUUCAUGGCAACACUGGGAUUCAUACUUCUGUAUGUUUAUAUCAUUGCUGGAGAUGAAGUGAUUGCUUUUUUCAAAGACAUACUUAGAUUCCUUGCAAGACGGCCAAAUAAUCGUUUUAGCAACAUGUUUUACCGAUUUGGGAGACAGUACCAAACUCAGUACCAGGAAGAUCCGUAUGCCUUGGAGAAAGCGAUUCUUAAUACCCCUACAUGGUGGGAUAGCCCAACAAAGUAUAAACGCAUGAUAAAAGCGUAUCUUGCAUCACUUUCUUCUUCUGAUAAUGAAGAAUAUGAUUCAUCUUGAAUUUUUGUUGUUAGAAUGUUGAAUGCUUGGUUGAGACUCGCUUUUUUUGAGGAGCAUGUUAGUACAAUUUAGAAAUUUGUCUCUGAGGACAGUUGAAAUAUGUCAAAUGAAAGUCAAUCAGGAGAGUAGUAUUCUUGGUGACGUAUAAAUUGUAACCAAUAUUUAAAGUUCGGCUCUUUCGAAAUAUAAUCAGGUGCAUUUUUUGAA